AUGGUGAGUUUGUGACGUCACGGGCUGGUUCUGUGACGCAGCUGCCAUUGCUUUUUCUCCCCCCACCCCUAAAAGCAGGGUGCAGGAGGCAAUGGUGUGUGGGGCUAUUAUUAUUAUUAUUAUGCAGUCAGGGAAGCCGCUUGCAAGUCGGGGUCGGUGGGGAGUCGGCGAACUUUUCCUGCUUUUAAUUUCUGGACUCAGAGCACUAACAGCGUCGCCAUCAUCAUUAGGAUCAAUGCUUUUUGUGUUCUCCUUUUCAUAGUAGAGUUGGAAGCGACCACGAGGGUUAUUUACUAGUCCAACCCCCUGCAAUGCAGAAAUCUUUAGCCCGACGUGGGUCUUGAACCCACAACCCUUAUGAGUUAAGAGCCUCAUGCACAACCUCAGCUGAAUCUCUUUAAGCACUUCCUUACACUGGCCUUAGACAUCAGAGAUAAUGUGUUGCCAGGGUCCACCCUAUUUCUAUGACUGUAAUCCGUUUUAUUUUAUUUUUUAAAUAUAUCUUUAUUCAUUUAAAAUAAAUACAGUGGUACCUCGGGUUACAGAUGCUUCAGGUUACAGACUCCGCUUACCCAGAAAUAGUACCUCGGGUUAAGAACUUUGCUUCAGGAUGAGAACAGAAAUCGCGCAGCAGCGGGAGGCCCCAUUAGCUAAAGUGGUGCUUCAGGUUAAGAACAGUUUCAGGUUAAGAACGGAUCUCCAGAACAAAUUAAGUACUUAACCUGAGGUACCACUGUACAUUUAUGAAAAACAGACGCACAUACAAGUAAACAAACAAACAAACAUACAAUCAAACAAACAAAUAACAGAAAAAUCAAACAAACCACCACACUAUAAGAUAUAAGAAGAUUAAUAUAAUUAUCAUAUAAAUUCCUGGUAUUGAACACAAUUUUAAAAUUUAUAGAAAAGAAAUUUAAAACUGACUUCCAAUUAAUCUCACUGUACUAUAAUCCAUUUUAAUUGUUGCUAAUUUGAAAAGUGUUGGUAACCCACCCUGGGGCCUGCUGGUGUAGGGCGGGUAAUAUAUUUAAUAAUGGUGGUGAUAAUCGCACCAUUAUUGUUGUUCUGUGUAACACCGUAUUAGUGUAUGACGACUUGGCAAAGAGCACUGUUUCCUACCCUGAAGGGCUUUUAGCGUAAAUUAGAGGCAAGGAACCAGCGGAGCAAAGGGGAAACUGAGUCGUGAAUGGGCAGAGGGAAAAGGAUGAUGGGUAUUUCAGUUACCUGUAGUUGAGCACUUUCAGUUACCUGUAGUUGAGCAUCUUUUCAGACUCUGGGUCCUAUUCCUUUCUGGGCCUCUACACUGGCAGGGGCACGAUGGGAGUUGUAGUCCAAAACAUUGGGCGCUCCCACCGUUUGUUGGAAGCUGAUGUGUAUAUAUGUGAUGUGUUUGGCGCACACUGCUUCCUGCUGAGCAGCGGAAUAAAAGUUGUGCAAGGCCGUCUUGUGUUUAAGUGCAAGGGAGUCUCUGGGUCAGGGGUAGGCAACCUAAGGCCCAGGGGCUGGAUGCGGCCCAAUCGCCUUCUCAAGCCGGCCUGCGGACGGUCCGGGAAUCAGCAUGUUUUUACAUGAGUAGAUGUGUGCUUUUAUUUAAAAUGCAUCUCUGGGUUAUUUGUGGGGCCUGCCUGGUGUUUUUACAUGAGUAGAAUGUGUGCUUUUAUUUAAAGUGCAUCUCUGGGUUAUUUGUGGGGCAGAGGAAUUCGUUCUUUUUUUAAAAAAAAAAUAGUCUGCCCCCUCCCAAAGGUCUGAGGGACAGUGGACCGGCCACCUGCUGAAAAAGGUUGCUGACCCCUGCUCUGGGUGAUCUCUUAACAUUUGUUUUUCCUUCAUCGCAGCUUUUCUACUCAUUCUUCAAGUCCCUGGUAGGGAAGGACGUGGUGGUUGAACUGAAGAAUGAUUUGAGGUACGACUGGGUACAAACACAUCUUGCUCUCCUUGGGGAAAAUCCAGGAGCCUUGGUCCCGGAUCCUAACCCUUUUCUAAAAAAUAAAAUAAAAUAAAAUUUAUUAUUUGUACCCUGCCCAUCUGGCUGGGUUUCCCCAGCCACUCUGGGCGGCUUUCAACAGAACGUUAAAAACAAAAUAAAACUUCAAACAUUAAAAAACUUCCCUAAACAGGGUUGCCUUCAGAUGUAAAAAUAAAAUUAAUUUCUCAGCCUUUGCACCCCUCCCCAAAUAUCCCAUGUGUCCUGGCUGGCUUUUAAUUGUGCCUUUUCUGCUUUUUUACAGUAUAUGUGGGACCUUGCACUCGGUGGAUCAGGUAUGAAUUAUACCUAAAGCCUAUUUCUUCCUUACAGAUUAUAAAGAUAAAGGUAAAGGGACCCCUGACCAUUAGGUCCAGUCAUGGCCGACUCUGGGGUUGAGGCGCUCAUCUCGCUUUAUUGGCCGAGGGAGCCGGCGUACAGCUUCCGGGUCAUGUGGCCAGCAUGACUAAGCUGCUUCUGGCAAACCAGAGCAGCGCACGGAAACACCGUUUACCUUCCCGCCGGAGCGGUACCUAUUUAUCUACUUGCACUUUGACGUGCUUUUGAACUGCUAGGUUGGCAGGAGCAGGGACCGAGCAACGGGAGCUCACCCCAUUGCGGGGAUUCGAACCACUGACCUUCUGAUCGGCGAAUCCUAGGCUCUGUGGUUUAACCCACAGCGCCACCCGCGUCCCUUGUUUACAGAUUAUAUCCUACCCUAAUUCUUAGUGGAUCGCGUAGGCGCAGCUUAUAGUUAAACUAUGGAACUUGCUCCCACAGGAGGCAGUGAUGUUCAGCAACUUGGAUUUCUUUAAAAGGGGGUUUGGCAGAUUCACGGGAGGAGGCUACUUGCGGCUACUGGCCAUGAUGACUAGGUUGUGUCUCAGGAGACAGAAUUGCAGGUGGGCAAGAGUCUUGUCACUCUCAUGCCCUGCUUUUGGGCUUUCCACAAACAUCUGUUCAGCCGCUGUGAGAACUAACUGGGCCACUGGUCUGAUCUACCAGGUUUUGCUUAUGUUACGUUCUAGGUUUUAUGAAAAAUAUGUGCAUUUUGGUUCUCAAAAGGGCUUCCUGUUUGACUGUACGAUAUGUGCAAGCAGACUUGCAGAAAGCAGAACGUCUCUUUAGUAGUGCAGUUAUAAGGUUUUAUUUAUUUUAAUUGUGGGGCGUGACAGAGAUGUGUAAAAUGAUGCCUGCCACGAAGAAAUUGGACAGGGAGAAGUUUUCCUUCCUCCUCCCUCGUAAUACUAAUGGGGCCACCCAGCGAAGCAGAACGUGUUGGAAGACUCUGGACGGGCAAAGAAAAAACUGCCACAGAGCGUAUGCUUGAAUUUGCUCCACGAAGAGCAGCAAUGGCCACCAACUCAAAAGAUGAGGAAAAUUCAUGGGGAAAUAUAAUUGUUAAUGGCUGCUACCUUUCCCGGCCGUAUUCUGCGUCCACAGUGGGAGACAGCGCCCCUCUGAAUAGCAGUUGCGUGGAAAAGCAAAUGGGCUAUUGGGUUCAGAUUCUGCUUGAGGGUUUCUCAUUGGUGUCUGGUUGGUCACCGUGACGACGGGAUGCUGACACAGAUGCUCCGAAACAGGGCUCUAUGUUCAGUGGAAGCUGACCAGAGGUGUUGAUUAAGGUGGAUAAACAGCAAAGGGGUAAUGAACAGGCCGCUAGGCAGAAUGUUGUACAGUAUUACUUUUGAACCUUGCUUGCUUAGUUCCGCCCCACCCUCCCUCUUCUCUGGCUUUGCAGUAUCUGAAUAUCAAGCUCACAGACAUCAGUGUGACCGAUCCAGAGAAAUACCCUCACAUGGUGAGUGAUGGGCAUAGGGCAAAAGGGGGGAUUUGGGACGGCAGGCGUGAGAAGUGUAGAUAAAUGCCGAGGUAGAAAUUGGUAUCUGUCUUGCUGGCUUUUAACCUGUAAAGCCCCAUAACCGGUGCAGGGAUUUUUCUUGGUGGUGGUUGGGGGAGAUCUGAGGGACCUUUAUAAAACCCGCAAGACCUACUCCGACUUUCCCCAGGCUUACCCUGAUUAUUUGUUGUUUUAGAGCAGGGGUAGGCAACCUAAGGCCCGGGGGCUGGAUGCGGCCCAAUCGCCUUCUAAAUCCGGCCCGCAAACAGUCCAGGAAUCAGUGUGUUUUUACAUGAGUAGAAUGUGUUCAUUUAUUUACAAUGCAUAUCUGGGUUAUUUGUGGGGCAUAGGAAUUCGUUCAUUCCCCCCCCCCAAAAAAAUAUAGUCUGCCCCCCCACAAGGUCUGAGGGACAGUGGACCAGCCCCCUGCUGAAAAAGUUAGCUGACCCCUGUUUUAGAGCCAUUCAAAACCACUUGGCAUUUUAAAAAAAUCUCAAGGUGUUAUUCAGAAAUUACAACCAAAUGAAAAUAAUAAUUAUUAAAACAAAUAAAAUCAGGGAUUCAGAAAUAGUGAGGCCCGGUCUUAGGCUCAGAGAAAGCCUGGGCAAAAAGAUAUCUGAAGCCGGUAAUAGAUGAUGCACUACCCAAGUCUCAUUUUAGCCUCCUAGAAACAGGAGUUAAUGGCGUUUUUGAAAAUGAAUUGGGGAGGGAGUUAAUUUCCCACCCACCCCCCAUCUGGUGCCCUGUCACCUCCCCCCACCUCAAAAACAACCUUGUGGGGUAGAUCGGUGGGUGCUGUUUGGCCACAAGGUCACCCAGUGGAGGAUUUGAACUGUUUCGUCCCCCUAAUCCAGUCCAGAAGCUUCUGAUCUCUGCACCCUGUAACACUAUUCUUCCUCUCCAGUUGUCUGUCAAGAACUGCUUCAUUCGUGGCUCCGUCGUCCGCUACGUCCAGCUUCCAGCCGACGAGGUCGACACGCAGCUGUUGCAGGAUGCUGCCCGCAAGGAAGCUCUGCAGCAGAAGCAGUGA